AUGACCAAGUUUGACGCCCCCCCGUCGACUCAUCCCUUGUUUCUACCCCACCCCCACCACCUCAUUGCCACCAUUACUCCCACCAAGAAACGCCUAAGUACCUCCCUCAGAGACGACCUCGACCACACCCACACCAUCACAAACCAAGACCAAGACAAAGACUCCCAAGACUCCACCAACACAACCGAUCCCGAAACGACCACGUUAGCCCCCGCACGCCCUUCGUCCAUGGUGAUAGGCACCAUUUUCGGCCAACGCAAAGGCCACGUCUGGUUUUGCAUCCAGCACGACCGUCUCUCCAAUGCCUCUCUCCUCCUCGAACUCCCCAUCCCAACUCACCAACUCGUCCAAGAAAUGCGCUGGGGCAUCGUCCGCAUUGCCCUCGAGUGUGACCAUUCCGAACUCAGCGCCUGUCCUCUCCACUCGGUCCUUCUUUGGACCAUGUACUGCAAUGGUCGAAAGAUAGGGUUUGCUACAAAAAAAAAGCCAGUCACCAUACACCGGCUGAUGUAAAAGACCAUGCAGUCUACAACAGUGGCGGCCGGGAUACCUGCUGGACUCGGAUCGUCAGAUCGGAGGAGAUCAUACAUGAGGGCUAAUUAUGAGCAUGUUGUUGGUGACGCUGACUCUGAGUCGUUUCACCUUGUGAACCCGGAUGAUGCGCACUGGCAAGAACUAAGCGUGUUCUUGAUGAGAUCAAGGUGA